AUGGUUCAGAACAUGUUCCGGACCGGGUUUCUGGUUCGAGCCACUCACACUCUGCUCACCUGGGUCAUAACUCUCAUUCUGUUCCUCCACAACACAGAUUUGCGUAAAUGUGAGGAGCGAGGAGAGCUGCUGCUGCCGAUUCUGUUCUUCCUCCUGGUCGUUCUGUCGGUGCUCUUAUACUUUGCUGUUUCUCUAAUGGACCCUGGCUUCGUUCUCACGGACACUGUCAAGGGUUCAAAUGAGGAAAUGGAAUCGAUGAUUCCUCAGUCGUCGACCCCUCGGCUGCGGCGCUGUGGGUACUGCCUGCUGCAGCAGCCAAUGAGAGCGAAGCACUGUCAGACGUGUAAACGCUGCGUCCGGCGCUUCGACCACCACUGCCCCUGGAUCGAGAACUGUGUGGGAGAGAGGAACCACCGCUGGUUCAUCGUCUACCUGCUGGUGCAGCUGCUCGCUCUGCUCUGGGCGCUUCACAUCGCUCUGUCUGGCAUCUCGCCCAUCAUCACAUGGGAGCUGUGGUUCAGAGUGAACGCGUUCCUGCUGGCAUCGCUGGGCGUCGUCGGCAUCUUCUCCGUGGUGGUGGUGCUGCUGCUGGGCUGCCACCUCUACCUGGUCUCCAUCAACUGCACCACCUGGGAGUUCAUGUCUCGUCACCGGAUCUCCUACCUGAAGAACUGCGGCGACGAGGAGAACCCGUUUGACCGCGGCAUCUUCUGCAACCUCUGGGACUUCUUCUGCAUCUGCAGGACGGUGAUGUGGGAGCAGACGUACAUCAGAAACACCCCGAAUUCUGUCUGACCUCCGACCAGACGCCACGACACUGUCCACACCGGAGAGUCAGACUGUACUUUCAGGGAAAGAAAAUCAUUUUUUAACCUCAGUAGUAGUUUCCUUUUUGAGAACUUUACUACUAAAUUGGACCAUAAAAUGUUUCCUAACUACCUGCAAACGUUAAAGGGACUCAAUAUGCUUUCCCCCCGACGUCAGUCACAUUCCUAUUUUGACAGACGGGCUUCACUAGAUAUAACUUUGUGUUGUCUGAGUUGUGGUGGGGGCUGGUCGUUUGUUUGCGUGAGCGGACUCCAUUUCUAACCUAACGUUAGCUAUGGUUGCACACUGUUAGCCCUGUAGCGGAGCUGAAAAUAAAGCACACCUGACGUCACAUCCAUUGGAUUCUUCCGUAAAAACCGUCCCGCAUUCUUCCCGUUAAAAUCAGUCUACAGGCUGAUAGAGGAAACCCAGGAAGUCACGAAAGGUCUAAUUUUUUAGUUUAUGUAACAGCCUGUUCACACAUUGGCAAUAAGAAACAAUUUAUACAUGUAAAAACUUACAUACAGUCCCUUUAAUACACUGUGCUAAACAGACAUUAAACUAAUUACCUGCAUUGAAGCAGGUUAUAUCUUACUAAUUUACUUAAAUUUGAACCUGAUUUUUUGAACAGAUAACAAAACACAAUACUUUGCUUUGCUGGCUUUUCAGUACAAACUGAUUUUUUUACAAUAUCGGCCUGUUUUUUAGUCGUUCCACCACUUUGGUCCUGACUGAAAUAACUCAAAAACUAUUUGAUUGAUACAUUAGACGUUCUUGUUCCUCAGAGGAUGCAGACUUGGUGACUUUCUCUCUAGAUUUAGGGACUUUUAGAGCUGGUGCUGCUAGCUACUUUCGCUAGAAAAGAGUUGACAACACGGGUCUUAGUUUCGGCUGGAUGAUUUUUAAAAUCUAGUGUACUCUUGCUAGUUUCUCAAGAUGACCCACCCUGCCUUUAAAACACCAAAGUCACGCAAUAAUACAAACAAACUAACUGAUCGAGGCAGUGGUAGUCCAGCAACUCCA